AUGGAAGACGCGAUGGUGGUGCGUACGGACGGGAACUCUCUGCUCAAGGCUGUGUUCCUGAGCCGACUGCGUCUGACACGCCUGCUGCUGGAGGGAGGGGCUUACAUCAAUGAGAGCAACGAGCGCGGCGAGACGCCCCUGAUGGUGGCGUGCAGGACGCGCCACACGGACGCACAAAGCGUGCCCAAACACAAGAUGGUUCGGUACCUGCUGGAGAGCGGAGCCGACCCAAAUAUCCAGGACAAGACCGGUAAGACGGCCCUGAUGCAUGCCUGUUUGGAACAGGCGGGGGCAGAGGUCCUCUCUCUACUGCUGGGGAGUGGAGCUGACCCCAGCCUGGACGACCACUCUGGCUUCUCAGCACUGGUCUAUGCUGUCAACGCAGGGGAGAACGAGGCCCUGAGAGUCCUACUGGAUGCCUGCAAGGCCAAGGGCAAGGAGGUCAUCAUCAUCACCACGGACAAGCUGCCGUCAGGACGCCAGAUGACCAAGCAGUACCUGAACGUACCCCCGCCUCCCGACCUGGAGGAGCGCCUGCACUGCACCCCUGGCUCUGCUGCCUGCUGCAUGUCCCCCUCAGAGAUCCAGCUCCGCACCCCUCCACAGGGCACCUCAGCCACUGCCUCACCCCAGCCAGGGAGCCCCCUCCUGGGCCUCAGGGAGCACCACCACCAGGGUGGUGGAACAAACAUCUCUGGUUCUGCUGAUUCUGGUUCUUCUCAGCCGGGCUCCCCGACCAGGGACCCUAACCUGUUUCGAGGCCCCGGUCCUGGGGUGGUGAAGCUGUUCCAUCCCCAGCGGCUCCACUCUGAGCCCUGGCUGCAGCAGAACAAGGCCUCCAG